AUUUUUUUAUAGCAACAUCCGAAGUAAAGGACGUCUCAGGCACGACUCCCACCAAUAGCACCGCUCAGAAUGUUGUCACUGUGAAUAUCGAGAAUAUUAAUCUGGAACUAAUUUUAAAUAAUAGUAACAAGGGGAAGACUAUUUUAAGCUAUUAUAGAACGAAUAAAAAUCUUAACAGGGCACUAAGAGACAAACUUGUGGAGGCUAUAAUAGAUUACGAAACAAAGGAUAAUAUUGAUAAAAGAAUAUCAAUUGACACAUUUAUGGGGUACGCUCGUGCUAUCAGGACAUUGUUUCCAACGGAAAAUGAAGACAUUUACUUUUUUUAUUCAAUAUACAGGGGCUACAAAACAGGAGCAGGAAAACUUUUCCGUAAAUUUUACAACCACAGAAGAACCUUAAAACAAUGUGGACUUCUGGCAUCAAGUAAAGAUGAUGUGAAGGAAAGAGAAUCUGAGAGUAACCUCACUUCAGAUCAGUAUUGCGAUGAGUUGCAGUGGUUAAGAAACAGCGGUGAACCUUGGCGACAAAUAGAAUCUUAUUGGAAACUAACGUUUCUGUAUUAGAUACGAAAAACUAAAAGCCAUGGAGGCACGCUCAAUAGGCGAGUAUAUAAAUGAAUACCCAGCUCUGAAGUCUGAACUUGAAAGCGAUUUUGACCAGUUAUAUCCAGAUGCAUCCAUGAAAAUGUUUUCGGAGUGGCCAGGUUUUUGUGAAAAACUGCUCAUGCAUGCACAAAAAAGAAAAGAUAACAUCUUAAGUAAAAUAAGUGGACUCGAUGAUGAAAAUAUGACACAAGAAGUAAGAACCACAAGGAUUUUAUUUCUUCUGCCAUAUUUAUUGUCUACACACACUUUAAAACGCAAGCGGUCACAGUGUUGGCGGCCGUCUAAGAUUGAAGUGGAAGAAGGAUUUAUUAUUCACAUUAAGGUAUGA